UGUUUCGCUGAAAAAGAAGUUGGAGCUGUUUCACUUUACUGAAGAUUUUAGCUAACUAACUAUAAUAUCAUUAGAAAUGGACGGCCAGCGCUGGUUGCCACUGGAAGCCAACCCAGAUGUGAUGAACCAAUUUCUGCGUCAGUUGGGUUUGCUGCCGACCUGGCAGUUUGGCGAUGUGUAUGGGAUGGACCCAGAGCUUCUGAGCAUGGUGCCCAGGCCUGUGUGUGCUGUCCUGCUGCUCUUCCCUGUCACAGAGAAGUAUGAGUCUUUCAGGCUGGAGGAGGAGGCCAAGAUCAAGGCCCAGGGCCAGGAUGUCUCCCCAGAUGUCUACUUCAUGAAGCAGACAAUCGGCAACGCCUGUGGAACAAUAGGCUUAAUUCAUGCUGUGGCCAACAACCAGGAACAUCUGGAAUUUGAGACUGACUCUCCACUGAAGAUGUUCCUGGUACAGUCCACUAAACUGAGCCCAGAGAACAAGGCCACCUUCCUGGAGAAAGAUGAGAGCAUCCGUGUUACACAUGAAUCUAGUGCACAGGAAGGACAAACCGAGGCACCGAGCUUGGAUGAAAAAGUGGACUUGCAUUUCAUUGCUUUUGUGAAUGUUGGGGGACAUUUAUAUGAAUUGGAUGGCCGCAAGCCUUUCCCUAUUGCCCAUGGGAAAACAUCAGAAGUCCGCUUCCUUGAGGAUGCGACAGAGGUGUGUAAGAUGUUUAUGGCUCGGGACCCCCAGGAGCUUCGCUUCACAGUGGUGGCCCUGUCCAAGGCAUGAACACAGCACUCACCGAACAAGAGAAGAAAAUACAACUGCCAAUAAUUCUCAAGUGCUGAAUUUUGUUAGCUCAUUAGCAUUUUUACUGAGUAGGUUAGCAUGUGGUAUGAUGACAAAAAAUUAACUGGAAAUAUAUAUAUAUAUAAUUAAAGUAAGCUAAGCGUGCGAGGAAUCAGUAGCCUGUUUCUAAAAAUACGAUUGUCAGAUUAAAAGUUGUCAUGCAACUGAAAGUU